GUUUUUUCACUAUUGAGGCAGAUGGCAAACGGCAUGGGCAAUCUUGGCAUGCGGCCACUUCAGUUGCACGACAAACACCCGUCCCUAAUGCAGGUGAUCUUGCACAUGACGGCCGCGCGUGUUGCGUAGCAUUCCGUACCUGCCCGUGUGCUCGUAACCGCUUGCCAGACCGGUGCGACCGUAUGUGCGUUUGUAUGUGUUUCUUGGGACCUUGUUUUGAUCAUACAGUGCGUGCGUUUGUUCAUGCGUGCUAGUGCUAUUUCGUGACAACUGACAGUGCGACCACUACCUGAUUGUAGCACAGUCCGAAACAGAGAAAGAUCGAUCCCAGAAUCAGUUUUGUGAAGAAAAAACUCAUCUAUUUUUUGUUGUAAAUUAUUGUGUUUGUAUGUUCGUGUGUGUGUGAGGGUAUUACCGUUGCGUACCGUUGCAUCAAGAUGCAGUGUUUCGGUCGUGUAAUGGGAUUCAACUUUCUAUCCGUGAUUCUCCUGCUCGUACACGUCCUGUGUGGUUAUGUUGACGGCAAACGUGAAAUUCCCGUCGGUGCUAUAUUUCAUCAGGUCCCAGAUCAUAGCUACGAGUCCGAAAUAGCGUUCCGGUAUGCGAUCGAGCGGGUCAAUAUGCACGAGAAGCACUUCGAGCUCGUGCCGAUCGUGCGUUACGUUUCUCCCGACGACAGCUACAAGACGGAGCGCAAGAUGUGCGAAUUGGCGGCGGAAGGUGUGACAGCCGUCUUUGGUCCUUCCUCCAUAUUGACGUCCGGCAUCGUCGGAUCCAUCUGCAAAACGCUUGAGAUCCCUCACAUUAUUACGCAUUGGGAUCCAGAACCGUUUGGCGGUCUCGAUCCGGAUCUGCAGGCCAUGACGAUCAACCUGUACCCAGAGGCAGACGUGCUGUCGCGAGCCCUUGCUGACCUGAUCGUCGACUACAGCUGGAAGAGCUUUACCAUCAUAUAUGACUCGGAUGAGGGGCUGAUGCGACUGAAGGACAUACUGCAGAUACAUGGGCCGUCCGAUUCACCGAUCACGGUCCGACAGAUUGACGACAAUCCUGACUAUAGGCCACUGCUCAAGGACAUCCAGACGUCGGGUGAGUCGCACAUCAUACUGGAAAUACGCCCGGAUCGGAUACUGGAACUAUUACGCCAAGCAAAGGAGGUGAAGAUGCUCGAAGAGUAUCAGAGCUAUAUCAUCACCUCCCUCGAUGCGCACACGAUCGAUUUCGAGGAGCUGCGGUACUCACGCUCCAACAUCACCGCACUCCGACUGAUGGACACCAAGAGCUUCGACAUCAAGAAUGCUGUGCACGAUUGGGAGCAGGGUGAGGCGCGUAUGAAGCGCCAGUUUCGUGUUUCACCCGAGCACGUGCACACCGAGUCGGCCCUUUAUAACGAUGCGGUAAAGAUUUACGCGACCGCAAUUCGGGAGCUGGACGCUACGGAGGAGAUCACACCAUCGAGAUUGUCGUGUGGUAGCAAGAACUUGCGUCAGUGGCCGUUCGGACUGCGCAUCAUCAACUACAUGAAGGUGAAAACCGAGCACGGAAUUACCGGACCAAUCAUCUUUGAUGAUUAUGGGCGGCGGGCUCACUUCCAUCUGGACAUAAUUGAACUAAGCAAGGAUGAGGGUUUCAAGAAGAUUGCGACCUGGGAUCCCACGCACGGCGUCAACUAUACGCGUAGCCAGGGCGAGGUCUACUCGCAGAUCGUGGAAUCACUGCAAAACAAAACGUUCAUCGUCGCGUCUCGUAUAGGUGCGCCAUUUCUAAUGUUCAAAGAGAAAAAGGAUGGCGAAUUUCUCGAGGGCAACAAUCGGUUUGAGGGAUACUCGCUAGAAUUGAUUGAUGGAAUUUCGAAAAUUCUUGGGUUCCAGUACCGGAUGGAGCUGGUACCGGACGGGAAGUACGGGUCGUACAACAAGGUUACGAAAAAGUGGGACGGCCUCGUGAAGCAUCUGCUGGAUCGUAAAGCGGAUCUGGCCGUUUGCGACCUCACAAUAACGUACGAGCGAAGGACAGCUGUAGACUUUACUAUGCCUUUCAUGACACUAGGCAUCAGCAUUCUUUACGCUAAACCGGUGCAACAGCCGAAAGAUCUGUUCUCAUUUCUCUCACCCCUUUCGCUGGACGUUUGGAUUUACACGGCGACUGCGUACCUCGGCGUUUCGGUGCUGCUCUUUGUGCUGUCGCGCAUGGCACCAGCCGAUUGGGAGAAUCCGCACCCCUGUAAGCAGGACAACGACGAGGUGGAAAACAUCUGGGACAUGUUAAACGCGCUCUGGCUGACGAUGGGCUCGAUUAUGGGACAGGGAUGUGACAUACUUCCAAAAGCAAUCUCCACACGCCUGGUAGCCGGUAUGUGGUGGUUUUUCGCCCUGAUCAUGCUGUCGUCGUAUACGGCAAAUCUGGCUGCUUUCCUCACAAUGGAGCGUAUGGAUGCAACGAUCGAGUCGGCCGAGGAUUUGGCCAAGCAAAGCAAAAUUAAGUACGGCGUGCUUAUGGGCGGCAGCACUAUGGCAUUCUUCCAGACGUCGAACUUCUCCACCUACCAGCGAAUGUGGGCUUCGAUGGAAUCGGUGCGACCAUCCGUUUUUACCAAAAGCAACGACGAAGGCCGGGACCGUGUCAUCAAGGGCAAGCGGAUGUACGCGUUUCUGAUGGAGUCGACCUCGCUCGAGUACAUUACCGAGCGGUACUGUGAUCUGACGCAGAUCGGCGGCUUGCUAGACUCGAAGGGGUAUGGUAUCGCGAUGCCAGUCAACUCGCCUUACCGUACCGCGAUAAGUGGAGCGGUACUAAAAAUGCAGGAGGAAGGCAAGUUGCACCAGCUAAAAACGCGUUGGUGGAAGGAAAUGCGUGGUGGCGGCCAGUGUACCGAGGCGCCCAACUCGGCCGGGGAAAACGAGCUCGGCAUAGGCAACGUAGGUGGUGUUUUCGUUGUCCUCGCCCUCGGAUGUUUCUGUGCCUUCAUCAUCGGCAUUCUUGAGUUCUUGUGGAACGUGCGAAAGGUCGCGGUCGAGGAAAAGAUUACGCCCUGGGAUGCGCUCAAGGCCGAAAUGAAGUUUGCUCUCAACAUAUCCGUCACGUCGAAGCCAGUGCACAACACGCUGAGCGAAUCAACGGCUAGCGACAAAAGUUCGCUACGCUCUAAGUCAGAAUCACGUCGCGGCUCUGAACUGACCGGACGGGGUAACAAUGUGCGGACUGCCACUAGCCUCAACAACCUAAACAAAAUUGGGUUCGUGUUCGACAAGCAUUGAUUGCAAUCAAUCAGGUUAAAAACGAAUGGUGUUUUUGUGCUGCUGUACCAAGAAAACUGUCACUUUCUUGUAAAAUCUAUCUUAAAUUUCACCCGAAAAGACAACACUAUCUCAACCCUCAUUCUCUCAAAACACUUAUUUAACCCAUUAUUAUUGAUAGCGUUAGCGAAUGCAUGGAACUUUUGUUCAGGAACGCACAUGAAGUAAUAGUUUUCAAUCAAUUGAUGUGCAUGACGUAGAUAGUGUUUGAUGACGGUGGAAGGAGGGGGGUUUUAAUUUUAUUUACUAGUCAAAGAGAUAUUGUUUAUUUUUAUUUUAUUAUUAAACAAACAAACAAAAAACAACGAAAUCCAUUAACCAUAUUUCGUGAAUAAUUCGUCCCUUGCAUCCCAUUCGUCAAGUACGACUUAAAACUUUCAGAUAAAUUGAGCGAUAGUAAGUAUCACAUUAUUAAAACAUUUCGUAACAGUUACCAAUGUGAUUUUCGGCUUGCGACACGUUCCGGCUAUCAUAGAGUUCCAUUAUUUUUCUUCUUUUGGCUCGACAACCGUUCUCGGUCAAGGCCUGCCUGUAGCGAUUCUGGGGUUGGCUAUCAAUGACAUUAGGAUUACCCACGAUAGCAGGACAGUCUGUCCUACGUAUAGCGGCUUGUGCGAGUAGACGAUUUUACCACGAGACCGGCUAAUUUUGUAUACAAUGAUCUACUAAAGGAUAUUUUGAAAGUACGAGUCAUUCUCAGAAUCUGAAACCUUCACAAUCCGUGACAAAUGUCGUAAUAAACAUGCCUAGUUUCAAUCAGAACGAUUAUCCAAACGAUUUGGGACUGGAGAUCGUUGAAUAACAGCCAAUGACCUUCCAGUACAAAUGGUGUCAAAUAUUAAAAUAAAUAUUAACGGUCAAUUCGAUGGCUUAGUUCACAGCUUUUUGAUAAAUAAUAUGUUUAAAUCUUUUGUACGUCUGAUGCCUGUUGAAAAUUGUGUCUUUAUUGUCUUCAAAUAUUGCACGAUAUGUAUUAUAACGAGCUUUUCUUAAAAAAACAAAUCUAUAUUUUCGCGGACCACUUCUGCUAACGCCACGGACUAUAGACUGCGAUAGAGGACACUAUUUUUUUUUUUAUAAAUGUCAGGAGAUUUAUUUCUUAUUAUUUUAUACAAACAAAGUAGAAUAGCCCUCCCUCGCCUUUCGCAACAUACAAUUCCCGCAAAGGUUAGUAAGUGCGAUUUUGUAAUGCCGUCAUGGCAGUUCUCUUGAGUGUGUAUUACAUUAAUAAUAACUCUUUGAUAGUUCGAAACAAGAUAAAGCAAAAUGAUUUUUAAGACAAAAAUAAAGAAAAAUACAAAUCUAUCCAACC